AUGGCUCGAUUUGAAAAAGAUUUCCGUCAAUUAUCUCGUCAAAUAGAUUCAUUAUCCAGUGGUCAAGCUCGUGCGAGCUACGAAAAUAUUUUCAAUAAUUCUCCGUCAUUAUUGCGUGCUUCUAUUUCAUCUGAUUCUUCAUCAGAUUCCAAUGAUUCUACUCCAUCACAAGCAUUCUAUAUUGAAAUAACACCCCGUGAUGGUCCGUAUGCUAAUGGUUCAUUUAUCUUUCGUAUUGAAGUUUGUCCCGACGGUGACUAUCCUGAUGCUCAGCCAAUUGUGUCCUGUUUAACACGUAUAUAUCAUCCAAACAUUGAUACAACAUAUGGAAACUGUUGUAAUAAUGUAUGUGUAUCCACUUUAAAUGAUUGGGACGGUGGAGCUAAUUCAACAUUUGAAGAUCUUUUACAAGGUCUGAUGUUUCUUUUUUAUUCGCCAAAUCCCGAUGAUCCAUUGACAUCAAAUAUUGCAACAGAUGAAAAAGAAUUUCUAGCCAAUGUUCGCAUCGCGAUUGAAGGUGGUACACUUGAGGAUUAUGAUAGUGCGCCAUUCGAAAUAAACUAUGGGUAUAAAAAUUAUUUAAAACAACAAGAAACACAAUAUAUAGAAGAAGGAGAAAAAAUCGACGAAGGUUUAGUUAGCAUUCUAACACGAGAACCAAAUUUUAAACAAUUGUUUACGGCUGAUACAUUAGAAUUUCUUAUGAACAAUCAAUCAGCAUCAGCAUUUUCUCAUUCGACAAGACAUAAUAAAGAAGCUCCGACUAGUUCAUGA